GAGUGUGCGCAUAUGGAACAGCCCACUCUCCAUGCCUGAGUUUUAGCCUUUCCCCAGACGCUGUUAACCUCCCAAAUCUGGCAUUCAGGGUCCCUCGCAUCUUCCAGAGCCCCAGUGUGCGCAUGUGGAGUGUGGUGUGGUUUGGAGGGGGGGUGUCCGGUUGGGAGGAGGAUCCGAUUCCUGUUUCCUGCCCCUACUCACUCAGCCCGGGAGGUGAUUGAGAGUGGAGAGGACUCAAGGGGGAUGACUCCAGCAGAGCACCCCACUCCUUUGAAGAGCUCAGAAGAUGUCAGCCCAGUCUCUUCCCACAGCAACACCCCCUACCCAGAAGCCCCCUCGGAUCAUCCGCCCCCGCCCCCCUUCUCGCCCCCGGACUGCCCAGUCCCCCGGGCCCCACCACAACGGCUCCUCUCCGCAAGAACCUCCCCUCACUGCCAAUGAUGCCCCCAACCUAAUGUGCACCCCCAUCUUCUGGGAGCCCCCAGCCUCGUCCCUCAAGCCCCCAGCCUUUCUGCCCCCAUCGGCUUCUAAAGCCAGCCUCGACUCCCAGACUUCCCCAGACUCUCCUUCCGGCACCCCCAGUCCCGGGUCCCGGCGCUCCAUCUCCCCGGAACCUACUCCCCGGUCUCCAGUACCCCCACCCAAACCCUCUGGGUCACCCAACACACCUCUGCCCCUGCACCCUACGGCCGGGGUCCUGGCCCAGGCUGGCUCUGCCUCGGCCCCAGGCACUGUGCGGAGACUGGCUGGCAGGUUUGAAUGGGGCACUGAAGGCAGGAUCCAGGCUGUGGACACCGUGGAGUCGGGUCCCCCAGGGGGAGUGGAUGUGAAUGGGGAGACAGAGCCUCCUCAGGGCAUCCUCGCUGGGAGUGGGUCCCAGGAGAACGGCCCUCCAGAUGCUGCCCUGGUCUGCCCUCCCUGCUGCCCCUGUGUCUGCCAUGUCACCCGGCCUGGCCUGGAGCUCCGAUGGGUGCCUGUAGGGGGCUACGAGGAGGGAUCCAGGGCCCCCUGCCGGGCCUCCCCGCUGCGGACCUCUCGCUCCCGCCCCAGCCCUCCAAGCCUCAGUCACCCCCCAGUCGUCCUCACGUCCUACCGCUCCACCGCCGAGCGCAAACUCCUGCCACCCCUCAAACCCCCCAAACCAACUCGGGUCAGACAGGACGUCACCACCUCUGGGGACCCCCCACAGCCAGAGCUCGAUCUGCCCUCCGAAGAUGGAAUCCAAGCAGGGGAUGGUCCUGACGGAGCCCCUCAGCAAGAUCCUCCAGCAACCACGGAGGGCAGGGAUGAGGAGGGGCUGGAGGAGCUGAAAGAGCAGAACUGGGAGCUGCCCCUGCAGGACGAACCCCUGUAUCAGACUUACCGAGCAGCCGUGCUGUCAGAGGAGCUGUGGGGGGUCGGUGAAGAUGGGAGUCCGUCUCCACCCAAUCCUGGAGAAGCUCCCACCUUUGCCCGGCCACCGGGACCUCGCAACACGCUGUGGCAGGAGCUCCCAGCUGUGCGAGCCAGCGGCCUCCUGGAGACCCUCAGCCCCCAGGAGAGGCGCAUGCAGGAGAGCCUGUUCGAGGUGGUGACAUCCGAGGCCUCGUACCUGCGCUCCCUACGGCUGCUGACUGACACCUUUGUGCUGAGCCAGGCUCUCCGGGACACGCUCACCCCUCGGGAUCACCACACUCUCUUCUCCAACGUGCAGCGAGUCCAGGGAGUCAGUGAGCGGUUUCUGGGGAAGUUACUGUCCCGUGUGCGCUCCUCCCCGCACAUCAGCGACCUGUGCGACGUGGUGCAUGCCCACGCCGUGGGGCCGUUCUCGGUGUACGUGGAUUACGUCCGGAACCAGCAGUAUCAGGAGGAGACUUACAGCCGCCUGAUGGACACGAACAUGCGCUUCUCCGCGGAGCUGCGGCGGCUGCAGAGCCUCCCGAAGUGCCAGCGGCUCCCGCUGCCGUCUUUCCUGCUGCUGCCAUUUCAGCGCAUCACGCGGCUCCGCAUGCUGCUGCAGAAUAUCCUGCGCCAGACAGAGGAGGGGUCCAGCCGCCAGGAGAACGCCCAGAAGGCCCUGGGUGCUAUCAGCAAGAUCAUUGAGCGUUGCAGCGCCGAGGUGGGGCGCAUGAAGCAGACGGAGGAGCUGAUCCGUCUCGCACAGCGGCUGCGCUUCCACAAAGUCAAGGCCCUGCCCCUGGUCUCCUGGUCCAGGCGCCUGGAGUUGCAGGGGGAGCUGACAGAAUUAGGAUGCAGAAGGGGAGGUGUGCUCUUUGCCUCGCGCCCCCGCUUCACCCCCCUCUGCCUGCUGCUCUUCAGUGAUCUGCUGCUCAUCACUCAGCCCAAGAGUGGGCAGCGGCUACAGGUCCUGGACUAUGCCCAUCGCUCCCUGGUCCAGGCCCAGCAGGUCCCCGACCCAUCUGGACCUCCUACCUUCCGCCUCUCCCUUCUCAGCAACCACCAGGGCCGCCCCACCCACCGGCUACUCCAAGCUUCAUCCCUAUCAGACAUGCAGCGCUGGCUGGGAGCCUUCCCUACCCCAGGCCCCCUUCCCUGCUCCCCCGACACCAUCUUUGAGGAUUGUGACUGUUCCCAGGAACUCUGUUCAGAGCCUUCCACACCCACUAAGACUGAGGGACGGAGUCCGGAGCCCAGGGCUCCCCUCAAGCACCUACACAAGAGCCCUGAAGGCUGGCUGAAGGGGCUUCCCGGGGCCUUCCCUGCCCAGCUGGUGUGUGAAGUCACAGGGGAACACGAAAGGAGGAAGCACCUUCGCCAGCACCAGAGGCUCCUGGAGGCUGUUGGGCCCUCUUCAGGCCCCCCUGGUGCCCCCCCACUCUAAUGCAGGCUGGGGGAGCGGCUCAAGUUGGACAGCUGACAGUGUGGCACAGAGAAGACAAAGCCCAUCCAUCCACUGGAAUCGCUGUCAGUGGAAACGCUACCUCUAGUGGCAACCAAUAGGGAUGGAACUUCAAGACUGCGCAGCCAAUGAAAACGGCCGUCGGAGCCCACGCAUCAGGGAGGAUGAAGAUGGCUUGAGUGCGUUGCCAAUGGAGACAGAGGCUUAGUGCAGAGCAGCCAAUGGGUGCUGAGCUGGCUGAGCCCCUGGCCAACGAGUACCCCUUCUAAGCUCACAGCAGGACGAGGAAGCUAGGUCAAUGCAGUUAAAAGAGGGCUGCAUUGGAGAUAAAGACCUAGGAUAAAAUAGCCUACAGCGAUGAGCAGGGACCCAUCCAGCCAAAGAAGAUGGUGAUCUGGGCCCAAGAGACCAGUAGGAACUCUGCUUGGUGCUAUAGCAAUGACUCUCUUGCCCUUUGAGUCUGGGAAGUAUUAGACCCCAUUCCUGGGGUGCCUCCUGUGUCCUCUUAAGCCAGUUCCUCUCUUUUAGAAGAAUCCAGAGUGUGUGUCUCAGAGAAUCUGUGUGUGUGCAUAUGUCUGUAUACAUAUCAGGCAAGGUGAUUCUGCUGAACGUGAUGUGUGUGGUCUUGCCCCCCUCUCGGAGGACUGAGUGCUCCAUUUCUCCCUGCACCCCCCUCCCCCGUUCUUCCUAUUAGUCCCCUCAGGAAAGACAGUAGGUCUAGGGGGAGGGAAAUAGCUUAGUGGUAGAGUGCACGAGGUUCUGGGUUCAAUCCCUAGUACCUCCAUUAAAAAAAAAAAAAAGUCACUAGGUCUGAGCUCCAGAGGGGAAGAUGCUGGGUGUGGCUUGGCAGCCAGAGGCCGGAGUUGGGGAUUAGAGGCCUGGGUCUGUGUCUCUUGGAGGCCAGGGUUCCAUGACAGUUGGAGGGUGAUGUUAUGGAACAGCCGAGUAAACUGGCAGAGGAGCCUGAGGGACUGAAGAUGGCCAGUAGCUGGGGUCUGAGGCCCCCUGAAGCCUGCAGGCCCUUCUCCUUGCCCAAAGCUUGGCCUUCACAAUCUCUACCUGCAGAUCCUCCAACCUGAACUAUAGCCGGCCGUCCAGCCUCAGCCUUGGGCUUCAGACUGGCUCUGGGUCCCAGGUUUGGCUGAAGAAACAGGAGCUGUGGAUCACAGGCCAGCCAGUGAGCCUCCAGGGCUUCCUUGCCUUCAUCCUGGCCCUCUCACAGAAACACUGGGCCAAGCAGUGAGGAGAGAACAGAGAGCCAGUGUUUCUGCCAACCCUACCCAGAGCAUCUGCUUCCAGAUGAGAAACUGCCCCCGCACAAUGCCAGAGGAGGUGACGGAUGGAGACAGAGCAGAACAGAGAGUUGCUGUCAGGUUGGGACUGGGGCCUGGCACAAAGCCGUCUCCGAGCUAGGUCAUCACACCUUUCCUUCAACUCAUGCACGGAAACUUGUGCAGGACAGAAACUAGCACACUGGCCACAGGAGGUGCCAUGACUUGGAGACUCAGAGGGAGAAAGGCACUGGUAUUUGGCAUGUCUAUGAUUUUGGAGAUUCACUUAGCACAGUGCCUGGCAUAUGAGAAAUCCUCAGUAAAUGUCGGUGAAACUGUAUUGAGACUCUCUGGGGGAACGUGUGCUUAAAGGAGCGGGUUUCCAAAUGUGGCUUUAUUAGUGGGGGCAGGGCUGGUUGAAAAGGGAUUCUUUGAGAGCAGGGGUCAGCUCUGCUGGGAACAGGGGCUUGGAGACCAGGUGUGCAGCCUGAGUGUCAGUCCACUUAUAGCUUCUGAGGGCUCUGUGGCAGUGGCUGUGGCGGUGGUGAGAGGGUUGCAGAUACUGGAGCAGAGAGUUGCUGCAGGUUGGGGAAGAGGAAGGACGGGUAGAGCCAGAUACGGCUGAGGCUCCGGCAAGGGAUGAAGAUGCAGCAAGAAGGACAAAAAGGGUCGUCAGUCAACAAUAAAGGUCCUUUGCUGACCAGCCAAGCA